GGCUGGCUUGACACUGGUGUGGAAAAGAUGGCUGCUUCGGCGGCAACGGCGAGUUCUUCCCCCGGUUUGUGUCCAAAUUACGCCGUGAUUUGCUCGUUCCUGGAGAGGUACGGAGCGUUGUUGGACUUACCGGAGCUCACCUUUCCUCAGCUGGAGAGAUAUCUGCAGGACACAUCCUCAGUUCCAAAGCUGCUGGUCGAUCUUCACGUCAAGUUGCUGAGGAAGAUUGGCAAGUCGGUGUCAGCAGACAGAUGGGAGAAAUAUCUUGUGAAGAUAUGUCAAGAGUUCAACACAACAUGGGCAUGGGAACUCGAACAGAAAGGAUACAAGGAGCUGCAGAUGGAGUGCAAGACGGGGAUACUUAAAUAUUUGUGCGAGUGUCAAUUUGAUGAAAAUGUGAAGUUCAAAACUGCCAUCAAUGAGGAGGACCCAGAUAAGAUGCGUCUGCAGCCAAUCGGCCGGGACAAAGACGGUCAGAUGUACUGGUUUCAACUGGACCAGGACGACAAUGUUCGCCUUUAUGUUGAGGAACAGGACGACUUGGACGGCUCGUCAUGGAAGUGCAUCGUCAGAGAUAGAAACGACUUGGCUGAGGUUUUGGCUCUGCUGAAGACACAAAUUGACCCUGCGCUGUUAAAAAAAGAAGAGGAAACAAAACCUGAUGGUGAAAAGAGUAAAGACAAAGCAGAAGAAGGUGAAGUUAAAAAGACUGAGGACACGUCUGAUGAAGAGAACAAAGACUCCAACAAGGCUGUCGGUCCAGUCUCACCAAAGACAGAGAAUGAUGAAAAAGAAACACAGAAAGAUGACUUGAAAACAGAAACUUCAGAGGCCAAAUCAUCUCUGAAUGGCAUCAUUGAAGGCAAAGCUGAAGCAGAGCUCAAUUCAGAAAAGCCUGCAGCGGAUCUCAGCAUCAGUACAAAAACCCAGAGCAUCAAAGAAGAGCCAAUGGAUGUGCCGGACAAUAAAACAAGCACAGCAACAAGUGAACCCGCCUCUGAGGCACCAUGCUUAUCAUUAAAGGCAGAAAAGGGAGAGGAGGCCAAGAAGAACAGCGCAGAGGAGAUUCAACAAGCUCUGAAGAACGACCAGCAGGCCAAGAUCCCUUUGAAAAAAAGAGGAAUGAAGUUUAGUGAAGACUUUGAAAAAAAUAGCAGCAUCAUAGUGCAAAACCCGUCUGUUUCUCAGGUCAAGGAAGCUCCUAAAGCUGACUCAACGCCUGAGCAGACAAAGAAAGUGCCGAGUAUAAAUGAUCAUGUUAAUGGUGAAGUUCAGCCUGUGUCAGAGAAAGGCCUCCAGAGUCACUUGUGCGAGUCACUAAAAGACACCACCGUUGAUAAAGAGCGGACGGCUGAAGCAGAUGCAGGUAAAGCUGUAGAAAAGAAAGAAAAAGACUCUCCAUCCACAGACAAGGAGGAUACAAAGGAUAAAAAGGGUGAAGGUUGCAGUGCAGAGAAGGUCUCAGAGAGAGUGACAUCACAACAAGCAGACCCUGCCAAGAAAAAUCUAGAUAAGAAUGUAGAAAAGGAAGCUGUGUCAAAAGAGGAAGCACAUGAGCCUCCAAAAGAACCGCCGCCUCUACCUAAAGAUGUUAGUAAGGCAUCUGAGAAGUCGUCUAAUCAUGAAGUGCAUGACAAAGUAAAAGGAUCAAAACCAGCAGCCACAAAAGACUCUUGUACCGCAGAGAAGACGUUAAAGAAAAAUGGUGAGUCGGAAAAAGUCACAUUCAAAGAAGCUGAAUCAAAAGAUUCGGAGGGAAAACCAGCCUGUGUAGAUACAACAGAAACCAAGACGUCAGAAAACGUAACAGAAAGGAAGCAAACAGAAAUGAGUGAUGCUAAGGAAACUAAAGCAGAGAAUUCAGAUAAAUCGGCCCCGAAAGAAAAGCCAGGAGUCAUCAGAACGUCAUUGCGUGCAGACAAAGAUCCUGCAAAGAAAUCUGUUGACUCUGAAAAGGCUGUAUCAUCAUCUGUCAUUAAAAAGACAGACAUACUAAAAGACAGUGACGAUAAAGAGACCCGAGAAGCCACACGAAAUCCUGAAGUCAGUAAAAAGACCGACAAACCAGUUAUCAGUGAGAAACCAGAAGGAACAUCCAACACUGAAGAGAGCACAGAGUCGUCAGUGAUUAAAAAGCUGGACAAAUCAUGUAAACCUGCAGAGAAUCAGGAUAACAUUAAAGAUUCAGAGAUGAAGCCAGUGGAGUCCAGUGCAGCCUCUGAGACUGACACAGGAAAGACAGAGAGGACGGAGAAGGUGGAAGAGACGGAGAAGACUGAAGAUGCAAAGAAAACUGCUAACUGCGAGGACAGUACGAUGCGUGAUGUUUCCAAGAUAAGCGACUCCGUGCCCGAGCCCAUGGAGGUAGAAGCAGUGGCUGUUAAACCUGAUCUGACAAAACCACAAGAGGAUGACAAAACUGAGAUUAACUCGGUUGCAAGUAAGAUGAUGGAGGAAGCAUCUGAAGGGAAAGAUAAACCACCCAGUGCUGUUGAGAAGACAAAUGUCUCUAAAGAAACAGAUAAAAAAGCUGAAAGACCAGACACAGAACGGGAAAAGGUGUCAGAAGAAAAGCCUAAAAGAAUUGAAGCAGAGCAUCCGUCAUCACAAAGUAAAAAGGAUGCCGAGAAGGAGACUAAAAAGGAUGCAGACAAGGAGACUAAAGAGGACACCAAGAACGAAAAUAAAAUGGACACAGGCAAGGUAACUAAAAAGGACGCAAACACAGAAACUAAAAAGGACACAGACAAGGAAAGUAAAAAAGACACAAACUCAGAAACUAAAAAGGACACAGACAAGGAAAGUAAAAAGGACGCAAACAGANCGGACAAGACAACUAAGAAGGACACAAACACAGAAACUAAAAAGGACACGGACAAGACAACUAAGAAGGACACAAACACAGAAACUAAAAAGGACACUGACAAGGAUGAACCUAAAAUUGACAGUGAGAAAUCCUUGUGUCAAGACAAAGAAAAUAAAGAAGAUCCCACAAAAGAGAAACCCUCAAAAACUGCAGAGAAACAUGCUAAUAAAGAAAGCGAACCCUCGACCAAAAUGGACGAAUCUGGUCACCAGAAUGUGAGCAAAGAAACCGACAGCAAAUCCUCAACUGAAGCAGAGAAAGAGGACCACCCAAGCAAAGAGCCAGAUACUGAAAAGCCCGCUGAUGAGGAAAAUAAAAGCAAAAGUGAAGACGAGGAUUCUGCACCAAAAAAAGAGGUGGCGAACGGCGAGGAAGCUCCAAGGUCCAAGGUUUCCCACAGGAAAAAACUCAAGGCCCCAGUCCACCGAAGGAAAGCUGAGCUCAUGAGAGAGGAGAGACAAGCAGAUUCUGAGUCCGAUUCGAACACGGGGAGAUCUCUUCGAAGAUCACCGAGGAUCUCCAGGCCAACGCCAAAGGUGGUGGAGAUCCACGACAGGAAGCUGGAGAAGUCGCAGGCUGCUCCACCGCCUGAGAAGGGCAAGGAGGGCGAGGGGGAGAAAGAAAAAGACGAGGAGGAGGACGAGGAGGUGAAAGCUGUUCAAAAGAAACCAAGAGAGAAGAAGGCUGAUCAGGAGGGCCAGCCUAAACCUAAGGGGAGAAAGAGACGGAGGGUUCGGUGGUCCAACACACGAACGCGCCGUAAAAAGAAAGGCUCCGAAGAUGACGACGACAACAGCGACGAGGAGUCCAGCGACGACGACGAGAGCGAGGAAGAGGACGACAGCGAUGAAGACUACAAGGUUGAGCGAAGCAGAAAGAGGCGGAAUCGUAACCGAGAAAGGCGAAGCUCAGACUCCUCGACAUCCUCAGACGACGACCUACCUCCUAAUGACGACCCCUGCAAACAUUGUGGUCUUCCAAAUCACCCUGAGCUGAUCUUGCUGUGUGAUUCAUGUGACAGCGGGUACCACACAGCCUGUCUGAGGCCUCCCCUCAUGAUCAUCCCCGACGGAGAAUGGUUCUGUCCACCCUGUCAACAUAAGCUGCUCUGUGACAAAUUAGAGGAACAGCUCCAAAAUCUCGACGCUGCUUUGAAAAAGAAGGAACGGGCUGUGAGAAGGAAAGAGCGUCUGAUUUAUGUUGGAAUCAGUGUUGAAAACAUCAUCGAACCCUCGGUGGAGGUAGAGGAAGAGAAGCCAGAGAUCAUCAUCAAAGAGAAGAAAGACACAAAGAGAAGUAAGAGCUGGGGUCGAAGGUCGACGAGGGCGAAGAAAUCCAUCAGCUACAGAUUUGAUGAAUUCGAUGAGGCGAUCGAGGAGGCAAUUGAGGAAGACAUCAAAGAAGCAGAGGGGGGAGGAGCUGGUCGGGGUAAAGACAUGGCCAACAUCACAGGCCACAGAGGAAAGGAUAUGUCCGCCAUCCUUCAAGCAGAGGAGGGCAAGGAGAACGGCCGUCCACCACGACCCCUUGCCGGUCAGCGCAGGAAAAAACGCCGGCGACUCAAUGACCUGGACAGCGACAGCACCGUGGAUGAGGAGGAAAGUGAGGAAGAGUUUCGCCUCAGUGAAAGCUCAGAAGAGGAGUUUGUCGUGUCAGAAAAUGACACGGAGGCUGAGUCGGAGGCGGACUCUAACAACAGUGACUUUGGCAGCAACAGCAGCGGUAGGCAUCGUACUAAAUCACGGUACAGGAAGCUGCCGACACGACGACGGAGCUCCAGAAAGAGGCGGAGACCGAGAGGGUACUCGGAUGAUGAGGAAGAUGAGACAGAUGACGAAGAUGAUGAAGAUGAAAUAGUGACCGAAGGCUCCAGCGAGUACAGUGACAGUGAUCUGGAUAUGAGUCGACGGCGGUCUCGGCGGAGUCAGAAGAAGCAGGUGAACUACUGCGAGACGUCUGAGUCCGAAGGCUCUCAGGCAGAAACCAACCGAGCCAAAAUGAAACCCAGACGUCAGCAGGACAGUUCAGACACCGACGCGAGUUUCUCCAGAGACUCUGAGGAGGAGUCGAGGGAUCGGAGGGUGAAGAGAAGAGCUGACUCCUCAGAGGAAGAUUCCCGGCAGCGGCGCAGACGUCUCGCACUAAAACGCAGGAGAGCCUCUGAAGAAGACGACUCGGACGACGACUCUGACGAAUCGUCCGAGGAGGAUCGCCCCGUCCGUAAACGUGUGAACCGCAUAGACUCGGAUGACGACGAAGAUGAGGAGGAGGAGAAACCGAAGGAGAAGAAAGCAGCUGAAAAAGCAGACGAGGAGUCAAAGGGAACAAACCCAGUGGACUGCAAUCAGGUGGAGCUGCCACCCACCAACGGACAGAGCCCAAUAAAGAGCCUCGAAGGCCUCGUUGGUCGGCCCGCUGCCGCUGCUCCAGGCCUCACCCCACAUCUGGAGCCACCCAAAAACAUCAGUGCUACACCAGCUGCUGCCAUAGCACCGAACGGACUGGUUGGCCAGGAGAUGGCGGCGCAGGAUGAAGACGAAGACGACCUGUUAGGAGUCACAGACCUAGUGGACUACGUCUGCAAUAAUGAAGAUUUGUAAAAAAAAAAAAAAAAAAAAAAAAAAAGGUGUACUGUUUCAUUUUUUUGUGGUAUUGUAUUUUUAUAUUGCUUAACUUUAUUAUUCCCUCCCCACCAACACUUCCUUGUCGUCCUUUUUACUUGUGUCAUUCAGACCUUGAGUCUCAGCAGUCUUUGCUACAAUACGAACUGGAUCCCCGUCACCAGUCUGAUGCUGUCCCUGUGGGAUUAUACGACAAACAAGGGCACCAAAUCAUCAACACUCAUUUGUCUGGUAUCAAUCAGCUCACCUGCAUCAUCCAGCUCCACUGCCAAACCACCUCCAUCCUCUAAAAACGUCUCACUCAUUUCACCUCUCAAGUUGUCCUGUUUUUUUAUUUUGCUACUUCCAAGAUUUCUGCAAAUUUUAGCUCCUGAUGGGAAAAUGAGCACUGAAAUUGAUGUGUAGGAAAUAGCUGUGUAUUUGACUGCUAAAAGACUGGGACUUUUAACAUUUUUUAAGAGUAAAAUAAGUCAUUCCAUAAGUGAUAUGAAGUUCUGGACAUCUGUUAAAAAUGAUCUUGGUUUUAGAUUUUAUCUCUUAAAGGAACAGUUUUUACAUUUUGGAGAAUAUGCGAUUUUUAUUUGCUUUCAGGCAGAUUUAAAUGAGGUUAUUGAUUCCACUUACGUGUUUGUAUGGUAAAUAUGAUGCAAGUUAGCUUAGCUUGGCCCAAAGACUGAUUUAUUUUGGUAAGCUCUCUAUGUUUCUGUACUGAUCAGGAUCCCCAUCAGUUGUUACCACAGUAACAACUACUCUUUCCAGGGUCCAUAAGCUACAGGGGAUCCUUUUUCUACUGGUCAAUCAGAGACAGGCCGCUUGUCUGUCUGACUUGCUGUGCUGCCAUUCUGUUCUGUUUUUGAAAACUGAUUUUACCAGUAACGCAUUAACUGUGGACACCCAUUUCUGCCAGUGUGGUGAAACAAAAAAACAUCCUGUAGGUCAUUUAAAUGAAAAACUUUAUCAAGAUAAUGACUUAGUAUCUCAACAAUAAUGACUUUUUUGUUUCUCACAAUAGACUCAGUUUCUCCAGAUAAUGAGAAAUGACCCCACUAACCCAUUAUUUUGAUAAAGUUUCUCAUUAUACUGAGUCACAGUGUCUUUUUUUUUUUCCAUUAAACUGGCUGAAAUGGGCCCCUAUACAAAAUCAAUCAUGAUUGGGCUGCAUUUAAAGUCUUUUUUUUUUUCGUCUUUACCAUGUGUGCCAACAGCUGCUAGCUAGAGCCGUAUAUUUAACCAACACAUAUGCAUUGAGACAUGAGAGUGAUGUCAAACGCCACAUCUGACUCUCCUGAAAGCAAAUAAGUGUAUUUCUCAAAGUGUUGAACUUUUGCUUUAAAUUACUCUGGCCUUUUUACAUAUAUAUAAUUUGUGAAAGCUUCAGAUGAGAGUAUUUAUUCUUGUUGAACAACCUUCUUAACUAAUUACUAAUCGACCAACCUUCAUUUGUCAGCCCACUCCUUGAACUUUUUGUUAAAUGAUAGAGUAGCUUUUGUAUAUUAUAUACAUAUAUAAUUAUUUUAACUAUGUGCGCUGCCAUUAAGUAUCAGUGGUGAACCCCCAGUUGUUGUUUUUUUGAGUACUAUGUUCGUUUGGGGAAACAAAAUCAGAAGUAAAACUCGUCCCUCCUAAUCAUGAGAUGUAGUCUAGUUUCCUGUUAUUACAUUUGUUACUUUUUUGUGAUUUUGUUUUUUAAUAAUGUAUUUUUUUUUUUUUUUUUGUAUAUCUAAACUUUUAUUUGUUGUCUCUUUGAGCGAAAUGUAAAGUGUCUUAUUUUCUUUGUACAUUGUCCUUCAUAGAAGGUUCAAAAACCUGCAGACCCGUGGCUUUUAUUAACUAAAGUAACACUAAGCUCCACAACACCCCUCUCUUCUUUUUGUUUUCGUAUUCUACUCCCCUGGAUCUUCCCAUGUUUCCGUUUCACAUUCUCUAUUUUCAUAAUCUUGAGUUGACGUUCAGGUCAAGUUGCAGUAAACUGCAGACUUCUAAGACCUCAAACCAGAUCAAGAUUCUGAAAAAUAAACAACUUAGUGUAAAUUUGUUUUUUGAAGCGAUAGUCAGGAUGCAGUUUUUGAAUGGGGGAAAUGGACAGAAAAAAAACAAACAAACCAAUGACUUCACUGACCUCUGCUGGAACCAGUCUGUGUGUAUAUCUGUAGUUUUUUGCUGUAAUAUAUUUAGAGGCAUUUUUUAAUCAUGGAAAAAUAUAUUGGGCAAUUCUUUGGGAUUGCAUGACUUUCUAAUAGUUUUAUUUUGUAGGGAAGUAAUAUUGGCACAACAGUUUUUGUAACAAAACCAGAAAACUUUGGCAUGUUUUAAGGAUUCUCCUGACCUGUUGCAUUAGUGCUGAAGGACUUGUGAAGUAGCCGCCACAGGAUAUCUCAUCAUUUUUGCAGUGAAACUGCAUAGGUAAGCAUGCGCUGACCUACUAAAGGCAUGUUACAGAAGCUCGGGGGAGAGAUAGGAUUAUCGUAGAAAAUAAUCUAGGACAGGUGAAUUUGAUUUAAGAGAAGAAAUGAAGCCUGUUUGUAAAAUAUUUUGUAAAUUAGUCUCAGCAUGGUCUUCACAGAGGAAAAACCACUCUAUUUAUCAUACCGUUUUGAUACUGGCGAUGGCCAAAACAUGACUUCCAAGACAAAACCUAUAUGUGCUGCUUGCAGUGCACACAACUUGGGCCUCUAUACACAAAUAUUUAGCUUUUAGAUUAGCUGGACAGAAUAUAGAAAACCCAAUUCUACAAAUGUAAUAAUAGAAAGUGUGUGUUCUGGUGGGUUGAGUCAGAGUAAAGGAAUGUGGAUGUCUGUGUGCUGUAUGUAACCUGUUUUUAAAUUCUCCACAGAGAUAAGGAGAAUGUAUUAAUAAGUAUCUCACGGUUAUGAAAUAACCUGUAGCAAGACCUGCAUGGGAGAGAGAGGAGCGAAAUAAGUAAAGGCUGCGAUGGGAUUAAAGGGGGAAGUCGGUGCCAAUGACUGAAGUGUUAACAGAGUUUCCUAUUUACCUCAUGAUGAAUCUGGGAGGAAAGACACCCUGUCCACUGUGUAUAGAUGCUAGUAGACUGGUUGUUGGUGUUUUGUCUGCUCCUUACAUUUUUGUUAACUUUACUGUUAUUUCAUAUGAAUCUGAUCUUGUACAUUUGUCAUAAUAAAAUGGGUUUCAAGCC